GUUCGCCAACGAUCCCUUGACGAUCAUCGCGAGUUUAACCGUAGUCGAGUUUCAACCGUAAAACUGGAGGGUGUCCCAUAACCCAUCGUCGUAUUUUGUCUUCGCGAGCCUCCGUCAAUUCGUGAUCGAACGUUACUAUGAGGUUCGUCUUGAUAUUGUUGUCCCUUGUGCUGGGUCUCUGCGACGCCGCCAGGAGAACAACCGCUGCGGCAUCCUCCGAGACCACGUUACGUGAAAGACACAUCGAACACUCUCGACAGCAACGUCAAGAUUUAGAAAACGCAUGGGAUCUCGUGGAUUUACAAAAGAUGGACAACGGUGCAAACGUUUGGAACAAGAAUCCUUCUACGAAUAUCACAGAAUCGCACGAUUCGGAAACUGUGAAUACGAGGCAACUUUAUCCGAGUCUUCCUAAUCCUGGAGACACGAACGAGUUACCAGGACCCAUAACUAGUAACCCGAUACCGGUAAUAACUCCGCCGCCUGGAUGUUACGCUCCUCGGGGACAGUUUCCAAGCCCGAAGAGUUGCUCCAAUUAUUUAAAUUGUUGGGACGACACGGUUACCGAACAAUCCUGUCCCGAUGGAUUACUCUUCAACGAUAUUACCCUAGUUUGUGACUACGAUUAUAACGUGAAUUGCGGCAAUCGCCCCAUGCCCACGCCAAGACCGUCUCUGACCAGUGGAACGAAACUCUGUCCAGAACCAAAUGGUCGUUAUAGAAGUGCGACGAACUGCUCGGAAUUCUACGUGUGUGUUUACAAGAAGCCCAUUAAAUUCGGUUGCCCUCACGAUUUGGUCUAUAAUGACAUAUUGGGCGUCUGUGACUACCCGUACAACGUCGACUGCAAAGGCGCAGCAACUCCUCCGCUGCCAUCUAAACCGACCUCGCCACAAACCCAGCCGCCAUCUUCACCAUCGCAACCACCUACUUUACCGCAACAGCCACCAACAUGGCCAUCGCCACCAUCCUAUAUUCCUUCGCCACAACCAGCGCAACCACCGUCUUACGCACCAUCUCAACCAUCUCAACCGCCUCAACCACCUCAACCAGCUCAACCUUCUCAACCAGGUCAAUUACCGUCCUAUGGACCGCCGCAAUCUUAUCCUGGAAAUCCUUGGCUGAGCAGAAUUCAACCUGAUUCCUGGAACGAACGAUCUGUAGUUACGCAAUCGGAUGUCGAUAAAGAGCAACAACAACAACAAGAACUGUCUAGUACGCAACAACAGGCAUCGGAGCAAUUGCAAAACCCAUGGAACAUGGUGCAUGAUAUUCCUCACAGUCUCAGUAUGGUUCCGUGCAAAGACGGGGAUGUGCACAGAUUGAACGCUGCAUGCACGAGCGUGGUGCUUUGCAGAAACGGACGACCCCAUUUGCAACAAUGUUUGUUGGGAUACUCGUACGAUAGGCCGUCAGAUUCUUGUAAACCAAUUUCUAUCGCCAAAUGCUAAUCAAACCUACGCUUUGUAUUAAAUACAUAGACUACUUAAACUAAAUAAAGCACUGAUUUUUC